CUGAGCGUCAUGAUAGAGUUAGCUGCCAGACAAACGCUUGUGCAGCCAGUUGCUAGCUAUGUUUAUUUGACCACUGUUGCUUAAAAUCUUUAAAAUGAGUUCUUCAAAAGAAACUUGUAAAGGGACAAAACGACCUGCAUCUCCAGACGAAACAUCCUCACAAUGGGAAACGGCAGAUUUGGGGACAGAUGAAAGAAAGCAGAAGUUUUUGAGGCUGAUGGGAGCAGGAAAGAAAGAGCACACUGGACGCCUUGUUAUUGGGGAUCACAAAUCAACAUCCCACUUGCGUAGUGGGGUGGAGAAUCGAGAGAUUAGUGAUGCACUUGAGCACCAAUAUCAGCAGGGUCUGGAUGGAAAACUAUCAGGGAGGAACAGAAGACACUGUGGCCUUGGGUUCAAUGAGCCUGACCCACCUGUUGAAAGACAGAGCAGUGCUGUGCCAGAAGGGACAGCCAGUUCGGAAAAAGCCCCUGAGCAACCAUCAGAGGAACACGAGGAUAAGAAAAGCCAUUCACCUCAGACUGAGCUCAAAACACAGGAACAAGAGCAGGAUCAGAAGAAAAACUCAGAGGAAGACAAGAAAAAGACUUUUAAAAUGGCAUUUGUAAAAGCCACAUAAAUGGGUUGGAGACAUGUUUACAAUGUUGUUUAUAUUUUGCUGUAUUCUCUUGACCUCCUAAAAUUUUGAACUUCAGUCAGGGAGCUGCAAUUCAAUGUGAGUGACAGGGCAUUUUUAUUUGCUUUGAUUUUUAAAAAAUAUUGUCAUCAUGUCUGUACCAAUUUUUAUGGCCACACCACACAGAAACUGUUUUCUACCCAAAUCAAAACACCUUAAAAUCUACUUUGUCAGUAUGAUUUGAAAUACGGCACAUUAGGGUGCGCAGAUGAGCGCUUCAGCAGUACAGAUUAGGAAUGAUCAAAAUGUCUGGCAAGAAAUGUGCACACUAAAACGUCAAUUGUGUGUAUUAAAGUUCUGUGAAAUACUUAUCAAUAAAGAGUAAAAUGUUUGA